CAUUACAAACCACUAUCUUUCUUUCUAUUCCUUUGUUUUGUCAAAAACCUCUGCGAUUUAUUCUCGUCAUCAUCAUCAUCUUCAUCUUCUUCUUCUUCUUCUUCUUCCUUCUUCAAAAUCAGUCAACAUGGGAAUGGCUGAUUACGACGACCAGGAGUUCGAAUAUAUCUUUAAGACAAUUCUCAUAGGGGACUCUGCUGUUGGUAAAUCUAAUCUCCUCUCAAGAUUUGUUUGGGAUAGAUUCCGCCUGGAUUCAAGGCCUACUAUUGGGGUGGAAUUUGCUUAUUGGAAUACUCAAGUUGGUGACAAGCUCGUCAAAACCCAAAUUUGGGAUACAGCAGGCCAAGAAAGAUUUAGAGCAUUCACAAGCUCUUACUACAGAGGAGCAAUGGGUGCCUUACUAGUCUAUGAUAUAACACAGCGAACAUCGUUCAAUAAUCUCGAAAAAUGGCUGAGGGAGAUAAGAGAGUAUGGGGAUUCUGAUAUGGUGAUUAUGUUAGUUGGGAACAAAACUGAUAUGUGUCAUGCUAGAGAAGUUAGUGAAGAAGAAGGGCAAAGGCUUGCAGAAAAUGAAGGACUCUGUUUCAUGGAGACCUCUGCUUUGGAGAGUUUCAAUGUGGAAGAGGCAUUUCUACAACUCAUCUUUCAAAUUUAUGAAGUUACAAGUAAGAAGAAGCUGGAUGCAAAGAGCAGUCAAGCUCAAACAAUCACACCCACUACAGGGAAAAAAAUUCUUCACUUGGAUGAAGUGUCAGCAGAUCAGAACCAACAUAUGGGUUGUUGUUGGAGGUAAUCACACCAAUUUGAGAUAUAUAUGAAUCAGAUAUCAAUUUCAUUCUUUUUGUACACAGUACACACUUCUUUUAUUCUUUCUUUUACUUUAUUUUUUGUUGGUUGAGAUGUCAAGAAACCCAUUGCAAAUUCAACAGAAUAUAAUAAUUGAAAAAAAGGAAACAUUUCCCAAAGUUUGUCUUUCUUUU